AUGAGUGUCAUAGUACAAGAAGGUAAGUUUCAGCUGGUAUACGUCGGAAUUGACGUCAUUAACGACGUUUUCGAGCAAGACGGAGAGGGUGAGGUUUUCUUGACGGAGGAGCGAGGAAUACCUGGUAAUGUCCUUGUGAACGUUCCAGAAGACGCCAUCUGCGGACGGCUGAGGGGUGGAGGUGCGGAGGAGCUCAGCGCCGUCAAGCCACACUCCGGCAAUUCGAUCAUAGUGGGAUCCAUUAGAGGCGACGCUGAGGUGGAGGGUCACGACGGCAAUUCGAUCAUAGUGGGAACCUUUAGAGGCGACGCUGAGGUGGAGGGUCACGUUCGACCAAGUGCAGUUCUCCGGAGGAGAGUAGUCAGCGGUAGCCGGCAGCAGGCCAAUGGCGUUGUUGAAGUCGUGGGAGAAGACUGGGAGUGUGCAUGA